AUCAAAAGCCACCGUUUCAGGCUGUGCCAUGUAAGCAUUCCAUAGAUAAACUCCCAUUACUCCAUUAGUCUCUCUCCAAAUUAGCAUCGUCCUUAAUUGUUAAAUGUUUUCAACAACUCUGGAGUCGCCCUGGGUAGGGCUGUCUAAUCGCCCUGAUGCGAGUGGCCAAGUGUUUGGAUUGCACUUGAAUAUGUCUCUGGGAAUUAAAACUUUCCUGUGGUUAGCAGAAACUUUUGUCUGGGUUGUUUGGAAAGUUUAUAGUCUAAGCCACCUUGUUUGUGACCUGUCUUUGCACUUUUCUGCUUUCAGCAUUUUUUUUUUUUUUUUUAAGAAAGCGGCCAGGUCUGUGUAAUCCAAUUUCCACAGAUGGAGAGGUAAAAGUAAUCCCCAUAGCCUAUCCCAUCACUGACCACAGCUUGUAGUAACAUUUUCACCAGAACAGGAUAUUGGCAGCUCAACUGUUAAACCCGUGUGAUUAUUCUUCCUUGAGAUCACUCUGAUGUCAUCAGUGUAAUUUGAGCCUGUUCACACUUUAAAUAGCAGUCCCGGAAUGAGUUUGCUACAGACUCUCUGGAGAGCCCGGGAGCUGGAUUCCUGAAGAUCCCACAUCGAUGAAAGCAAAGCGAAGCCAGCAAGCCAUCAUGUCCACAUCCCUGCGGGUGAGCCCGUCCAUCCACGGCUAUCACUUCGACACAGCCUCUCGGAAGAAAGCUGUGGGCAACAUCUUUGAAAACAUAGACCAAGAAUCACUACAGAGGCUCUUCAAAAACUCUGGAGACAAGAAAGCAGAGGAGAGAGCUAAGAUCAUUUUUGCCAUAGAUCAAGAUUUGGAGGAGAAAACACGAGCCCUGAUGGCCCUGAAGAAGAGGACGAAAGACAAACUCUUCCAGUUUCUGAAACUGCGGAAAUAUUCCAUCAAAGUGCACUGAGAAGAACAGGAUGGAUAAGGAUGUUAUCCAACAACAGACAUUUAAAGACCAAGUGAGUUUGUGAAACCUUAACGCAUGCAGCCUGUUGUGGCUGCCUUACAAGCUUCUGUUCCAGGGACUCAGGACUCCAGAGGCUGGAAAGGAACAGAACAGACUGGUUACAGAGACUCCAACCAAUUUCACGCCUGUGCUGUUACAGUGGAGAACAAAGUGCUUUCAGUAAGGAUUUGAAAACUGUCCCUGCAGGGAAGGACUAAUGCUGGUGUCAGAGGAGUCUGGACAGACUAAUGAGAACUGAAAUUGAAGAUUACAGAUGGCUGGGGAAAACUGCAGCCAGGUUCCCUUUAUCAGGCCCCAAGGACUGAAAUGCAACCUGAACUUUUUUUUACUUAACCAACUGGGUAGGAGGAGGGAAGAGGGAGAGGGAAGAGGAGACAGAAUACCGUGCUCAAAUUGUUUACUUAAUUUUUUAUUUGAAUGUUCAAGAGGUUACCAAGUUUCAAUGUUGUCUAUUGGUAGAGAGUUUUAGAGACCAUUCAUUGAUUAUUUAUUUGAAUUUAUUACAGUGCCUGAAAAAGUGCACCAUAUGGGUGUAAGUACAAAUUCAAGGAAAUGCAGUUACUUCAGCAGCUCAGUAAAAUUGUAUACCACCUUCUGGCUUGUAAAGGGUUUUUUAUAUAUUUCAAACUGGUUGCACAUAAGUUAAAAUAAUGGGGUCCUACAUAAAUCUGAAGUACUGUGAAAAAAAUCUUCUAAUUUUUUAAUCUUCUAACAAUGCUGAGAUAUAAUUAAUUAAAUCUCUUAAUUAAUGCAGUAAACAUUAGGAAGUGAAUACUAUGCACUAAAUAGUUUAUAAAGAUGCUAUGUUGUUUUUUUUAAUAAUUUAUUCUACAAGACAAAUGACAUGCAGCCAUAAUAAAUUAUUAUAAGCAUAGUUUCUCUUGGUCUGUGAUGAUUGGUCUGAAAGGAAAAAUAAAAUAGUACAUUUUCAUUA